CUCUCCGGUUGGGUAUGCAGUCCCUACUGUUCUGUUUACUGCAUCUGGGCGCAGCAGCUGCCCAGAGCUACCUUGGCAAUAUCUUGUUCGAUGGCAUAGAGCUGCUGAGACGUGGUCAGAGUCAAAUGGAUCUCGAGGCGGUCGACGACCGCGAUCAGAUACUUCCUGAGUACGAUUUCAUAGUCGUUGGCGCUGGUACCGCGGGCUGUGCGUUGGCCGCGCGCCUCUCCGAGAAUCCCGACUGGCAGAUACUGCUAAUAGAGGCGGGCGGACCGGAGAACUAUAUCAUGGACAUGCCCAUUAUGGCGCACUAUCUGCAGCUGGGUGAGAUGAACUGGAAAUAUCGCACACAGCCCUCCAACAGCUACUGCCUGGCGAUGAACAACAAUCGCUGCAACUGGCCGCGCGGCAAGGUGAUGGGCGGCAGCUCCGUGCUCAACUAUAUGAUGUACACGAGAGCCAAUCGGCAUGACUACGAUCGCUGGAAGGCCCUGGGCAAUCCCGGCUGGGGCUACGAUGAGCUGCUGCCCUAUUUUCGCAAAUACGAGGGUUCACUCAUACCCGAUGCGGACUCGGGUCAAGCGCGUCAUGGCCGAAAGGGACCUGUGAAGAUCAGCUACUCCGCCUAUCACACACCUAUUGCUACGGCAUUCGUGGAGGCGUCGCAGCAGGCGGGUCUGACGCGAGGCGACUACAAUGGAGUCAAUCAACUGGGAGUCUCCUACCUGCAAGCCAACAUUGGCAAUGGCACACGCUGCAGCUCCAAUCGAGCCUAUCUCUAUCCGCUCAAAGGCAAGCGACAGAACCUGCACAUUAAGAAGAAAGCGCUCGUCACCAAGGUGCUCAUAGAUCCGCAAACAAAGGCCACAUAUGGCAUCAUGAUGCAGGCUGAUGGACGCAUGCAGAAGGUGCUGGCUCGCAAGGAGGUAAUUGUCUCCGCGGGUGCCAUCAACACGCCCCAGUUGCUGAUGCUCUCGGGUGUGGGUCCUGCCAAGCAUUUGCGUGAGGUGGGCAUCAAACCUAUUGCGGAUCUGGCCGUGGGCUUCAAUCUACAGGAUCAUGUGGCUCCGGCUCUAACAUUUCGGUGCAAUGCCAGCACGCUGAAAUUUAACAACUUCCUGAACUCCGAUGCGGUAGGCAGCUUUCUCCGUGGCGAGGGACCGCUACGAAGUGCUGGCGGAGUGGAGGCUAUAUCUUUUUAUGCUCUGGAUGCUGCAGAAGGUGCCAAAGGCUGGGCAGACAUGGAGCUCUUCGUUGCGGGCACCAGCAUACAUUGGAAUCAGGCACUGCGAGUGGCUCUCGGCAUCCGGGGGGACGUCUAUGAGUCUGUCUUUAGCGAGCUGGAGCGCAGCAAUGCAAAUGCUUUCAUGAUCUUUCCAAUGAUACUGCGCGCCAAGAGUCGCGGUCGUAUUAGGCUCAAGAGUCGCAAUCCGCUGCAACAUCCACUGAUCGAUGCCAACUACUUUGCACAUCCCUAUGAUCUCAAUAUAACAGUGCGAGGUAUUAAACAGGCGAUCAGCCUAUUAGAUCAGCCUGCAUUUCGGGCAAUCAACGCUCGAGUGCUGGAGAAGCAGCUGCCCGCCUGCCGCCGUUACGGCUACCAGACCGACGCCUACUGGUCGUGCUAUGCGCGUCACUUCACCUUCACGAUCUAUCACUAUUCUGGCACGGCCAAGAUGGGACCACGCAGUGAUCCCAGCGCCGUGGUGGAUGCACGCCUGCGCGUUCAUGGCAUUAGCAAUCUGCGCGUGGUGGAUGCCAGCAUAAUGCCCUAUCUGGUUGCAGGUCAUCCCAAUGGGCCGGUCUAUUUAAUAGCCGAGAAAGCCACCGACAUGAUCAAAGAGGAUCACAACUACACUUAGGAGCUCCAUAGUAAAA